UGCCGCAGAUAUCCGUCCCUGGUACCUUGAUGGGUGGUCGGAAGAGUCAAAACGAGACCCUCACCCCGAGGCAGAUUUAGCUUCCCCUCCCUUGUUCCUAUGCACGACUUCCUCGCGAUCCCAACCACGAGCCGACGAGCCAUGACAGCAAGCCACUAAAAGAAACAGACAACGGGAGGCCGGCCUCUCCUCCUGGACCGCUGGUGACCAAGGCUGAUCAGUAUCUGAUGAGCAACGAGAUCCCACGCCAAGGCGACGGAACAAGAUGGCCGAGUUCACCUUCGAAAUCGAGGUCUACUCAGACACGAUCUGCCCGUGGUGCUACAUCGGCAAGAAGACGCUCGAAAAAGCCAUAGCCACUUACACGGCGCAACACCCCGCCGUGGACUUCAAGCUCACAUGGAAGCCGUUCAUGCUGUGGCCCACGGCCAAAACCUCCGCCUACCAGAAAGGCGCCAUCCUGCACGCCAUCUACGGCCCACGAGCGCCCGUCAUGUUCGAGCGCCUUGCACGACUCGGUGCGCUGCACGGCAUCGACUUCCGGUGGGAGGGCAAAUCCGGGAACUCGCGGGACUCGCACAAGCUGAUCCUGCUGGCCAUGGAGCAGGAUGAUGAUGAUACCCGUUCCUCCUCCUCUCCCUCGCCUCCAGGUCUUGAACCAACCAGUACCACCGCCACCGCCACCACCACCGCUACGACCACUACCACUAACAACAGCACGGCGACGACAAACCCACUAUUGACCUACAAGCAAACCAAGCAAGAGCGCACCAUAGCCCACCUCUUCGCCUCCGCCUUCGAGCAGGGGCAGGACCUCUCCUCGCGCGCCUUCCUCGCCCGCGCAGCCGUCACGCUCGGGCUUGUCGGUUCCGAGGAGGAAGCGCUCGCCUAUCUUGAACAACAGGCAGACGAAGAAGAUCCUGAAGCAGGGAGGAGACAACCUGGGUCGGGCACGGGCCCGGCCCGGCGGGGACUGGCGAAGAGAGUGGACGAGUCCUCGGCGCGGGCACGGCAAAUUGGCAUGACGGCCGUGCCCAGCUACGUCGUGCAGGGGCGGUGGCAAGUUGGCGGGAUGCAGGGAGAAGAUGUGUGGUUACGGAUCUUCGAGAAGGUUCGGGCGACGAAGUCGGGGAAGAAGAACGAGGAGGGAAGUAGCUUGGAUGGGCUUACGACACGGGAGGAGCAGCCUACGGUUACGAAUGGGGGAAUGCAGAAAGAGUCGACGGAAAUCCGGUAGGGGGGUAGCGUUUGAGGACUGGGGCGACAUGGAGCGAGUUUCAAUCUUCUUUGGCGUCUGUCUCUUCUUGAGUCCUGGACGGAAAAGGAUGAAGGAAACUUCUUCUCAGUUGA